AUGGAGUAUAAAUAUAUAUUGAUAUUAAUAGUUAUAGUUUAUUUACCAGUACUAAUUACAGGUCAAUAUGCUAUAAGAGGAGUUCCUGAAAGUUAUGCAGAGUUAGAUGAAAAUUAUAGAUUACAAUGUGAUGUUACAGAUUCACCUUCUAGUGUAGAGUUCCGUAAAAACAAUAUUGUUUUAUGUAGAAUAUUCUCUGGAAGUUGUCGGAGUACUCCACCAAUAGAUAAUAGAUAUAAAUGUGGAUAUAGAACGUAUGAAGAUUUAAAUACUCGUUCUGAAGUUUAUGAGAACAAUCAACAUAAUUCUGAAGAUGUAAAAAGAAUAUGA